AUGGCCAGUAAGGACCGUUACCGCCGUGGCCCAGGUGGACGAGGCCUGUGGCAAGGACCUUAUACCAUGGCCCGAGCAUACCGUUAUACCAUGGCUCCAGGCAGGCUUAUACCAUGGCCCAGGCAAGGACCCUUAUACCAUGGCCCAGGCAAGGACCGUUAUACCAUGGCCCAGCACCGUCACAACCUUACAACUCCAGCACCGUCACAACCUUACAACCCCAGCACCGUCACAACCUUACAACUCCAGCACCGUCACAACCUUACAACUCCAGCACCGUCACAACCCACAACACCACCACCGUCGCUGCCAACCUUACAACUCCAGCACCGUCACAACCUACAACCCAGCACCGUCACAACCUUACAACACCACCACCGUCACAACCUUACAACUCCAGCACCGUCACACAACCUGCCAACUCCAGCACUGUCACAACCCAACACCACCACUGUCACAACCUUACAACUCCAGCACUGUCACAACCUACAACCCAGCACCGUCACAACCUACAACACCACCACCGUCACGUUCCCUACAACCCACCACCGUCACAACCUUUACAACCCAGCACUGUCACAACAUUACAACCCAGCACCGUCACAACCUUACAACACCACCACCGUCACAACCUUACAACCCCAGCACCGUCACAACCUUACAACCCCAGCACCGUCACAACCUUACAACUCCAGCACCGUCACAACCUUACAACUCCAGCACCGUCACAACCUUACAACCCCAGCACCGUCAUAA